AUGGUAAAAAGAAAAAGUUAUGUUGAAUAUUCUAACAGAUCUAUGAGCUAUGAACGGCAAAAUAGGUUGUACGCACAUAUGAUUGAUGGUUGAAACCAAAUUUGUUUGAUGUUUCUUGGUGAAUUUUAAUCAUAUGUAAUUAUUAAUUAAUUAAUUAAAAAGUGGAAAGAAAAGAUCGUAAAAUGAGUCAGAAAAAGAAGAAAGUGAGAAAAAAGUAAUUCGUAUCAUAUUUCUAUUUCUCUCAUCAAAAUUGUAAAUAUUUGUCCAAAUAAUUUUUGAUUUAUGAUCAACUUGUUCCAAGAUUCAUAGACAGCUUAUUAAUUUUUGAAAAAUCGUAGUUAUAUAACUACAAAAAGUUUGUAGUUCUUUGAAGUAAGACGUAGUUAGUUGUUUAUGAAUGAAUCAUUAAGAGUGUGUGGGAGUGGAGACACCUUUUUUGUUCGAUGAUAUAGGAGAAAUACCUUUUCACCUUUUUCAUGAAUUCACCGCCGCCGUAAAAAAAGAUGAAAUGAGACGAGAAUUGUUGUUUUGUCAAAGAGAAAAACGAGAAAUUGAAUGAAUAAAUGAAAUGGAUUUGUAAAUUGGACCACUAUUUUUUGGAAGAAGGAAAUGAAGAAAGACAAAUUUACGUGCAAAGAAUUUAUCUGGAUUUUUCUUUUUUGAGAAAGAAAUUCGAGACAAUAAAAAAUGCACUUUUUUAAUCUGAACAGAAAUGUUUUUCUGCGAAAGUGUGAAAUCCUGCUCCGCAGUUAAUCCAAUUUCAAAUCAGACAUUUCUUUUCAAAAAUACAAGAAUAGACUUCACCCUCAAAUAUAAAUUUGUUUUCUGCCUACGUAUAAAAAUGCCCAGAAUUUUAUUACAAGAGCUAACGCAAAGAUUUUCAAUAUAUCGCAGAAAUAUUUAGUGCCAAAUUGAGUGGAAAAAAAAACUUGUGAUGCCCAUUAAAAGACCUUGGAAUAAAUUCUAUUCUUUAUUUUUUUUUUGGUAAAGUAACCAAAAAAUGAAAGAUUAGGGAUUAAAUAAUUUUCUAUUUUUCUUUUUUUUUUCAGCAAUUCCCUGUCAAUAUUGUCAAUAUUCAAUCAACUGGUCAACGAAUAAUUGUAUCUGAUAGUCAAGAAUCAGUUCAUUUCUUGAGAUAUCGUAAAAGGGUCAGUUUUAUUUAUAGAAAAUGUUGUUUUUGGCAAAAAACAUGGUUUUGAAAAGAAACUUUUGUUGUGAAAAAAUGUAGUUCUCUGUAAAAAGAAAUGUUUUUUAAGGAUAAUCAAUUGGUUAUUUUUGCGGAUGAUACAACACCAAGAUAUGUUACAUGUGUUUGUGUUUUGGAUUAUCAUACUGUAGCAAUUGGCGACAAAUUUGGAAACUUGGCAGUGGUAAGUUUUCAAAUACAUUAUGAAAUUAACAAAAACUUGAACUAUGAUGUGGAUUUCAUUUUUUUUUCUUGAAAAUUGAAUCUAUUUUGGCUGAAAACGUUUUCUUCGUUUAAGCCCAUUUUUUGGUAUAAAGUUGGGAGAAUAUAUGGUUUUGAGAUGACUAAAAUCCCGAUUGAAAUAAAAAUGUAAUUUUUUGAAUCACUUCAUUCUCAUUUCCCACUAAAAGCAUUUUUGCAGGUUCGUUUGCCAGAAAAAGUAAAUGAAGAUGUUCAAGAAGAUCCGACAGCAUCGAAAUCAUUUUGGGAUCGCGGAUGGUUGAAUGGCGCAUGUCAAAAAGUUGAUCUUGUUGCUAAUUUCUUCAUUGGUGAUAUGAUUACAAGUUUGCAAAAAACUGCAUUGGUUCCUGGAGCAAAUGAAGCAUUGGUUUAUACAACAAUUGGAGGAUCUAUUGGAUGUUUGGUUGGAUUUAUGUCCAAAGAUGUAAGAUUGUUUUUAAAUAAUUUAAUAUUUUAAUAAUUUAAUAUUCAAUAUUAUUUUUAGGAAGUUGAUUUCUUCACAAAUCUUGAAAUGCACAUUCGAAGCGAAUUUCCACCAUUAUGCGGAAGAGAUCAUUUAUCUUAUAGAUCUUAUUAUGCACCAUGUAAAAGUGUUAUUGAUGGAGAUAUUUGUGAACAAUUUAGUUUGAUGGAUUCGCAAAAACAAAGAGAUGUUGCAGAAGAAUUGGGAAAAACUGUUAGCGAGGUAAUUUAAAGAUAUUGAUCUGGCCUUGAGACUAUUUUUGUUUUUUUUUCAGAUUUCAAAGAAACUUGACGAUAUCCGAACAAGAUAUGCUUUUUAA